CAACCACCGACGAUUGAAGAACAAGGUAAUGGUGUGUUCAUGUUGUUGAGUAAGCAGGUAAAUGAUGGCUGAGACGAUAAAUAGUGAAGAAAGGACAGGCGAGGAGGAAAAUGAUGUUAAAAGAGAACCAUUGAAGACAAACAUUUCUUCUGCUAAAAGCAACAUUUCUGAUGACGCAAGUAUUAAGUCCGACAUAAGUGAGCAUCACUCUCAACACAGAGACCGACCUUUGACCUCUGAUCCGUUAUCAGAUUUAACAGACAAUCAGCGUGUCGUUCUCUACACCAUGUUUCUGUAUGGAGAAGAAAAUGUUGUUUUGCAUGAUGACAUCUUUAUGGGAGACGUUGAUGUCUGGAAGACGCUAAAAGAGCUGGAGGACAGGGAAUUGGUGGGACUGUUGGUUGAAAACAAAGAAGAACUCCUAUCUGUGUAUUUUAUCCCAAGUUACACACGAUGGGAGAUAAUGGAAUCUUAUAGAGAGAACUGUUUGCUAAGUGAUAUAGACAAAGAGUUUUUCGUGGAUGUGGUCUACAUCCCUUUAUAUUAUAUUGAAACAGAGUCCAAUAUCUUAAACCUUGAUGUGUCAAGUCCACAAGACAAGAGAUCUCUAAUGCUAAUGAGAUUGGUAAUGGAGGGGAAGAUUGACAGAGAAAUACAACUUAUCGGAG